AUGUCACCAAGCGGAUUCACAGCAUUCUCGUCAUUAACACCAUUCUCGUUCUCAAUUUCGAUCUCAUACCGUCGUCACUCAGAACCUUCGGACCAGGCGCUAAGCUCCCAACCUCCCCAACACCAUGACCAACGUCAAGAUAUCGAGGCACAUGGACGGGGCGAGACACAUAUCCCUCAGAUCUUUGUUAUUGGUGCAUUCUUCGCGAUAUUCUGUGCUCAGGUUGGUGUCAACUUCCUACACGCUGUACGGAACGGGCGACGCAGGCGACGAUUUUUGGAAAUGCAAUUCCCACAUCCCUUACCGCAACGAGAUCAAGUUCAAAUCAGAGCAAACGCAGAGCCUCCUCAUAAUCCGAAUGCCGGAGAGGGGGCGACAGGCGAUAACACGGCAGACAGCCCUGUCCCAGCAAAUGCACCUAGUGAUGAAUAG